AUGGGGACCCCAGGAGCACCUCAGCCUUCGGGAUCUACUUGCUCUCUGAACUCCAGGAGAAAGUUUUUUGAGCCCAGAUAUUUCCGCGAUGGAGAUUAUAUUAUUGGCGGAAUCGUGACCGUCAGACAUUAUUACUUUGAGGCCGUUCUGUUACAAAAAAAAUCCUCAUUAAUCACCUGCUUUAUGCCCCUCAUGGAGUAUUACCGCCAUGUCCUGGCGUUUAUUUUCGCCGUUGAUGAGAUCAAUAGGAAUCCGGCCAUACUGCCCAAUGUCACCUUAGGGUACCAUAUAUUUGAUUCCUGCAGGAACGUGAACAACGCCAUGCAGGAUGUGUUCAGUAUUCUAUCCGGACCCGGGGAAACCGUCCCCAACUAUUCCUGUAGGGAGCAGCACCGGGUGGCGGGGUUUAUUGGGGAUCUGUUUACGGAAACAUCACUGCCCAUAGCCCAGCUACUGAGGCCUUAUGGGUACUCACAGAUUAGCUAUGGCGCAACAGACCAUCUUUUAUCCGACAAACGUUUCUAUCCGGCUUUUUUCCGAACUCUGCCCAACGACCAGACCCAGUACCAGGCGAUAGCAAAGCUACUGAGACAUUUGGGUUGGAACUGGGUCGGAAUCAUUCGCUCAGACGAUGACAUUGGGGAGCAGCUGAGUCGGGAUUUGAGCAAAGUCCUGGGCGAGUAUGGAAUCUGCAUUGAGUACACCCUGAGUAUCCCCGAGGAGCAGAACCCCAGGAGAGAUGAGCUCUAUGCGAGACUCCAGGGGAAGCUGAGACAGACGACAUCUCGGGGGGCAGUGAUGUGCAGCCGGGUCUCCCUGUUCUACAUGAACUCCCUAACGAGAGAGGAGGGAAGUCUCCUUGAGAAGAUUCUCAUAGUCCCGGUGAAUUGGAAUUACCGGCCAUACAGCACAGCACGGAGCCUACGGACCUUGUACAAUGGAACUUUGUUCUUCAAGAGGCCGAGCAAGAACCUCCCCAGGCUGCACCGACUCCUGGAGAACCUCAACAGAACCAAGGGGGAUAAAAUGCUGGAGGACAUAUUUGCUACUUAUUUCAACUGUUUGACCUCCGUUCCGCUCAGGAACACGAUGAUCCAGACGAUUUACCCCCUCGUCCUGGGAAACUGCUCCGGGAAGGAGAAAAUAACUCAACUCAAACGGAAAGGCUACAACACCGUCACUUUCAGAACAACCUACCAUGUGUAUAAAGCUGUCUAUGCCAUGGCCUACGCCUUGCACCAUAUGCUCCUCCCCCGGGGACCCCCCCACCUACACACAGGGGCCCAUAUACACAGAGAGAGGUUCCGUCACUUUUUGACAAAAGUCCAUUUCAAAGACCCCACCGGGGAGGAGAUUUACUUCAAGGAGAACGGGGAGAUGUCCUCUGUGUAUCACUUACUCCAGCAGAUUAAUUGGGUCAAUGGGACGACGGAGCUGAGACACGUUGGCACCUUCAAUUCAUCUGCCCCCGAGGAAGAGCAACUCAUCAUUGCCCAUAGGGGCUUCAUGUGGCAUCUGGAUGGCAGCGGGAUCCCUGUUUCUCGCUGUACCCCCAGGUGCCCCCCCGGCCAGAGGAAAUUGCCCCGGAGGGGGCAGCAACACGCCUGCUGCUAUGACUGUGUGCAGUGCUCAGAGGGGAUGAUAUCCAAUGAUACGGACAGGGAAGCCUGCCAGCCAUGCCCAGAAGAUAAGUGGCCCAAUCAGAAGAAGGACCAAUGCCUCCCGAGAAGCUCCGAGUUCCUCUCCUACCAAAGUGACUGGAAGACUCUCCUGUUUUCCAUCGUUUCUAUUUUACUUUCUGGCGUAACAGCCAUUAUCGUGGGCAUCUUCGUGGCAUUCCGGCACAGCCCCAUAGUGAAGGCCAAUAACCAGAGGCUGAGCUUCCUCCUCCUCGGCUCCAUCAUGAUGAGUUUCCUGUGUGUCUUCCUGUUCCUGGGCCGGCCGCUCCAUGUGACCUGCAUGCUCAGACAAACCUGUAUGGGAAUCAUCUUCUCCGUCGUCGUAUCUUCUGUUCUGGCCAAGACUAUUAUGGUCUGUAUUGUCUUCAAAGCCUCCAAACCAGGAAACUACUGGAAAAAGUGCGUCGGUGCCAAAAUACCGAACGGCGUCGUCGUGGCUUGUUCCCUCCUACAGGUCUCCAUCUCCAUCGCUUGGCUGAGCAUCUCUCCACCAUUCAUGGAGCUCAAUCGCUCCUUCCCAGGAAAGAUCCUUAUUCAGUGUAACGAAGGUUCCCCCGUUGCCUUCUACGCGGUGCUGGGGUAUCUGGGCCUCCUCGCCGCCGUCAGCUUCAUUGUGGCCUUUUUGGCCAGGAAACUACCCGACAGUUUUAAUGAAGCCAAAUACAUCACGUUCAGCAUGUUGGUCUUCUGCAGCGUGUGGGUCUCCUUCAUCCCGGCCCAUCUCAGCGUUACAGGCAAAAACACGGUGGUGGUGGAGAUUUUUGCUAUAAUGGCUUCAAGUUUUGGUGUUUUGGCUUCUAUAUUUUUCCCUAAGUGUUAUAUUAUAUUGAUUAAACCGGAACAGAACACUAAGAGGAACUUGCUGGGACGUUCUCCCAACCGGCGGUGCCAGCCGUGCCAGUUUUGCCAGCCGUGCCAGUUGUACCAGCUGUGCCAGCCAUGCCAGUUGUGCCACCUUUGCCAGUCAUGCCAGUUGUGCCAGACGUGCCACCUGUGCCAGUCAUGCCACCCGUGCCAGCCGUGCCAGUCGUACCAGCUGUGCCAGUUGUACCAGUCGUACCAGCUGUGCCAGUUGUACCAGCCAUGCCAGUUGUGCCAGCCGUGCAAGUUGUGCCAACCGUGCCAGUUGUACCAGUCAUACCAGUUGUACCAGUCAUACCAGCCGUACCAGCCAUGCCAGUCGUACCAGCUGUGCCAGUUGUACCAGUCGUACCAGCUGUGCCAGUUGUACCAGCCAUGCCAGUUGUGCCAGCCGUGCAAGUUGUGCCAACCGUGCCAGUCGUACCAGCUGUACCAGCCGUACCAGUCAUACCAGCUGUACCAGCCGUACCAGUCGUGCCAGUGUUAG